ACUCACCUGGAAUGUGUAUGCGAUGUGAUUUUUAUUAAAUUUAGUAGAUAAUAACUGUGUGUUACCUAUUCGAGUGUUAAAUGCGUAUUUGGAAAGCGGUUUUGGAUGUUUUAUCCGGGUGGAAUUUAGAUUUUUUAAGAUGAACACGGUGUGGGUGUCUGUGUGCUUUACCUUUAUAAAUUGGUGAGAAAGAAGAGCCUCAGGAGAUUUUCUAUAAAACCAGCUUCAGAGUUAGCAGAACUAGGAAGCUGCUAAAAGAAGCAAGGGACCUUAUCCAAAAAAAGAACUACUGCUAGAAAAUGCUUACCAAGAGUUGCAUCCAGAAAAUGCUUAAUUCCCCAACAACAUUCCUCCUCCUAGUAACAAUCAUCUCGAGCAGCAACAGCAGCAGCAGCAGCAACUGCCCACCCUUCUGCACCUGCAAAUACCAAACGGUCGAGUGUAUCGGCAAAGGACUCUCCUCCGUUCCCGAGGGAAUCGACCCUGACACCCGAAUCCUCGACUUAUCCGGCAACACUUUCCCGUAUAUGGAGCCCGGAACGUUCCAUAGCGCCGGAUUAAUUAACGUCCAGAAAUUAUUCGUUAACCGAUGCCGGAUCCGGAUUAUUCCGGGCGAGGCGUUUCGGGGCCUCCAGGACCUCCUGGAAUUAGAUUUGUCCCGGAAUAUGCUUAAGAAUGUGCCCGGGGAAGCGCUACUUAACUCUCCUCGCUUAAUCAAGUUGAAUCUGGCCGAAAACCAGAUUAAAUCACUGCUGAACGGCGAUUUUCCCCUUUUGAGGAACUUGGAGGUACUCGAGUUAACUAAAUGUCAAAUAACCGAGGUGCACCGAGGAGCUUUCGCCGGAUUAACCGGAUUACAGUGGCUGGAUUUGUCUGGAAAUCUUUUGGAAGUUUUUCACCCUGAUCUGGAUGUGUUGAGUGGGAGUUUAAAGGGGGUGCAACUGCACAACAACCCUUGGAACUGUAGCUGUCAGUUAAGGCCUUUUAACCGCUGGUUAAAAAGGAGCAUCGUGCCCGUACUGGUAAAUCCAGUUUGUGAGUAUCCAGAGGAGCUCAGGAAAGUUCCCGUUAAGGAUCUGGAGAUUAGCGAGUGUUCCCUUAAUGUUGUCCAAAGCGAUUAUUAUUUUGAGGCCGAGGAGGGUGGGAACGUUACGUUGUUUUGUCAGAUAGACCCCAGUUCAUCCCCAGCGAACCUGACCUGGUAUUUCCAAGACGAAGCCCUCCCGACCACCCCAACUACCCCCAUCGACCACGCCCUCCGCUAUUUUAUAAAAGAAAACAACCACUCGAGCACUUUAUUUAUUUACGGAGUAAAUUCGGACCAGAACGGCACAUUUUACUGUGUCGCCGAGAAUGUUGCAGGUGUCGCCUCGGCAAAUUACACCAUUAUGAUAAUCCCGACGCGACCCGGACCCGAAAAAAUUUCAAAAAUAUUUCCCGGGAACAAUCGUAAUUCAUUUAUGCCGUUGGCGUUUACUCUUGGCGCGGUUAUGGGCGCGUUAUGUCUCGUCGCUCUAGGGAUGUUCGCAAUUAAAAGACAUUCGAAGAAGAAUAAUAAUAAUAAGAGAAAAAUACCGAAAAAGUCGAUAUUGAAACAACCGAGCCGGAUAAGGGAUGUGACCGAGGGAAAUAAGAGGGCGAACGGUGAUUUUUUAUUGCCGGGACAGGAGGCAGAAGCCAGCGGUAGAAGUGUUCUGGUUGACUCCAAGGAUUUAUUCCCUGUAAAACCUGGAAAGAGUAAUGGAGGAGCUGUUGAUUUUUCAAUCAUUAAUUACUUAAGUAACGUGAAAAACUCUUAUUUAAAACCGACCCUAGUGGGGGGCCCGAGGCCGGUUUCGGCUCCCACUUUCGAGCGUUACGUCGAGAGGAAAGAUUUCCGCAUUUUCGUCACCCAAAGGUCGUUUUCCCAAGCCGCCACGCCCAAAUUAAACCGCAAGAUUUCUUAAAUUAUUUAAUAAAUUGUUAACAAAAGUA